GGAAGCUGAUGUUGAUGCAUGUAGAAACAGUUCUCUCGUUCCAGCUAGCUCUUGAUGGAAUUUGUAAAAGGGGAUUGAAAAAGAAGCACUUCUCAUGCAAAUGUAUAGCCCCUGUUACUUUUUCGGUCUGUUUGGGUGGUAGGAAAACAAACAACUUUUAAUAAUAGUAAUAGAUAAUAAAUAAACGAAAAGGAAAUUGGAGUGAAACAGCUUUACAGCCACAAACCCAAGAGGAAAAAGGUGUAAAGUAGUUGAAAUCCAAUUCACAGAAAUCAGAAUCCAACUGUACUCCCUUGUUUUCUUGUAUUGUAUUUUAUAUUUGUAUAUAUUGGUUGGGUCCGAGAAUCUCGGUUUCGGCAAUCUCCUUUUCUCUUUCUAAACCCAUUAAUCAAAAUGAAGGCAAAGCCAAACAUAGCCCAAUUCCUAAUCAGCCCUUCUUCAUCGCCAUUCUGCUAGGACCGAAUAAGGUCGGCACCACGUGCUCCCUCCACGUGGCAAUGGACGCCGGCGGCGAUCUCUUGGCCCUCGUGAACGACGUCGUGGGGGUCUCCGUUGGGUUUGGAGGUGUGUUCAAGCGGGAUUGCACGGAUCUUGUCCGUAGGAUCGCGCUUUUGACGCAUUUGUUCGAGGAGAUCAGAGAUUUCGGGGCUGGUUUGAGGCCUUUGGAUGUGUCGACUUCAUCGGCGUCUCCCUUGACUUGCCUGUCUGAAGUAGCCAAUGCUCUUCAGGCUGCUAAGCGCCUUCUGUCCGCCGCUGGAAAUUUCAAUACCGACGCCUUUUCUGAUGGAGCUGCCAAGAAAAUUACCUUCCAAUUUCAAUGUGUUACAUGGAAAUUGGAAAAAACAUUGGGAAAUCUACCAUAUGAUCAUUUUGAAAUCUCAGAGGAAGUUCGAGAACAGGUUGAAUUGGUUAGAGCACAGUUGAGAAGAGCAACAGAAAGAUACGGUCCUCUGAAUUCAAAAGUGGUAUCUUGUGCUCUAUCCCUGCCAUUGGACAGAGAAAUUCAUCCUCGACAGUCUGGAAACAGGGUAACUGGAAGCUUUCAUAUUGAGAAUUUGGGUAACAUAAAUCCAGAAGCUAAGGCCAAGAUGGACAGUGUCCCAAAAUGUAACGAUUCUCACAGCAUUACAGAUCAGUUUGUUCCUGAAUCUGGAAGGCUAAGUAACUCAUCUGCAUCAGCUGAGGCCCAUCUAUCGAAUGACAUUGAUGCAGAAAAAGGUCACAAAUCAGCUACAAAGAGUCUAGAGGAAAUUAAGAAGCCUGACUCUGUUGUAAUUCCCAAUGAUUUCCUAUGCCCUAUAUCCCUUGAACUGAUGAGGGAUCCUGUUAUUGUGGCCACAGGACAGACCUAUGAGAGAUCUUACAUACAGAGAUGGAUAGAUUGUGGCAACUUAACAUGUCCAAAAACACAGCUUGAGCUUCAAAAUCUGACACUCACCCCAAAUUAUGCUUUGAGAAGUUUAAUUACUCAAUGGUGCACUAAGAACAAUAUUGAGCAACCAACUGGAUUAGUCAAUGGGAGGAUAAAAAAGAGUGAUGGGACAUUUCGUGAUGUCAGUGGAGAUAUAGCAGCCAUUGAGGCAUUGGUCCGCAAACUAUCAAGCUGGUCCAUUGAGGAGCGCAGAGCUGCUGCUACUGAAAUCCGAUCACUCUCCAAAAGAAGCACGGAUAACAGGAUACUAAUAGCAGAAGCAGGAGCCAUUCCAGUUCUAGUCAACCUGUUAACAACAGAUGACGUGGUAACUCAAGAAAAUGCAGUUACUUCCAUUCUAAACCUCUCCAUUUAUGAGAACAACAAGGGACUUAUAAUGCUUGCUGGUGCCAUUCCUUCUAUUGUCCAAGUCCUUAGAAGUGGAAGCAUGGAGGCAAGGGAGAAUGCUGCCGCAACACUUUUUAGCUUGUCAGUUGCAGAUGAGAACAAAAUUAUAAUAGGUGCCUCUGGAGCAAUGCCAGCUUUGGUAGAACUGCUCCAAAACGGAAGCACGAGAGGAAAGAAAGAUGCUGCAACAGCACUUUUCAAUUUAUGCAUUUAUCAAGGAAACAAGAGCAGGGCUGUGAAGGCAGGGAUCAUUACUGCAUUAUCAAAGAUGCUCACAGAUUUAAACAAUUGCAUGGUGGAUGAAGCUCUCACAAUACUAUCCGUUCUUUCUAGCCACCAAGAGGCUAAAAUUUCCAUAGUAAAGGCUAGCAUCAUACCAGUGUUGAUAGAUCUUUUGAGGACAGGUCUACCCCGCAACAAAGAGAAUGCUGCUGCCAUUUUGCUUUCCCUCUGCAAGAGAGAUAAUGAGAAUCUUGCCUGUAUUAGUAGGCUUGGCGCUGUCAUACCCCUUGCUGAGCUUGCUAAGAGCGGCACAGAGAGAGCCAAGCGCAAGGCUACUUCAUUGUUGGAGCAUCUUCAAAGAUUACAGCAACUCUGACAAAUGUACUCAUACCAUGAUAUUCUUGUAUUUUUUCUCUUUCUUGCUUACACUUCCUAUUAUUUGUCAAUGAAUGUUACUCUCUAUUUUGAGGGUGAAACUGAGGAUAUGAGCACGAGACAACAAGUGUUCUCAUUGCUUCUCUGUAUUCAUUUUUAUCCCUUUUUUUUUUCCCUGUAUCGAGUGUGUUAGAAAUUCGUUUGAUCUUUGGUUUGUUAUGAAAGCCUUGGGGAAAUUUCUUUCUUUGGCA